AUGGCAUCAUCACCACAAAGCUCGAUAUUUAUCAGGACUAUCCUGUUCCUCACUUUGUUUGGUAUUUUAAUUCAGGAUUGUUAUGGAUUUCCUAAUGGAGCAGGAACCUCUGCCUGUUUUACUCUGAUACCUGGCCACCCGGGAUCACCCCUGACAGGUACCCCUCCAUUCAUCCUGACUCCCCUCUCAUCAUCUUACACUGCUGGAGGAACUGUUCUAGUGCAACUUCAAGCUCAAGACUCGAGUCAGUACCGAGGUAUCCUUCUCCAGGCCAGGACGUCAUCUGGUGCUAUCGUUGGUUCCUGGUCCACCUCUGACCUAUCAUCGGAUUUUCAGACCAGGUCUUGUUCCAGUAACGGCGAUUCUAUUACGCACACGAGUAAUAAUAACAAGGUUCUUCCUCAGAUAUUCACGUGGAUAGCACCGCAGACUACAGCACUUGGAUCCAUCACAUUUCACGCAACGGUCGUUAUUGUGCAGACUCAAUACUAUGUCGAUAUACAAUCAUCUUCAGUCUCUCUCUUGCAAGGCCCGUGUGCAAACAACCUAUGUCAAAAUGGUGGUACAUGUCAAGUGACUGCACCUUCCAGCUUCCGAUGUUUGUGCACGUCGGGGUUCUCGGGGCCUCUUUGCUCCGAAGGAGGUGUAUGCACUCCAAACCCUUGCCGGAAUAGUGGGACUUGCCUCGUAACUGGUCAGCUCACAUACUCCUGUUCAUGUCGAACAGGUUAUGUUGGAGUAAACUGUGAAAUUUUAGCAGGGGUAUGCAUAACUAACCAAUGCUUUAACGGAGGCACUUGCUUGCCGAUUACCAGUACAUCAUUCCAAUGUGUUUGUAUCAAUGGAUAUGUCGGGCAACGGUGUCAAAUACCAGUUGCUGCUUGUUCUUCAAACCCGUGUCUUAAUGGAGCUACAUGCCUCGAAAAUUCAUCUGGCAAUGGCUUCUUCUGCCAAUGUCCUGAAGGCUACGAGGGUACGACGUGUGAAACCCCAACAGCUGGGGCAUGUUCUUCAAGCCCGUGUAUCAAUGGAGGCACAUGUUUUGAACAGGACCAAGGGAAUGCUUUCUUCUGCUCUUGCCCUUCUGAUUAUCAAGGUACUCGGUGCGAGACAGCAGUUUCAGUCUCCCCGUGUGCGCCUAGUCCUUGUCAAAAUGGAGGUUCAUGUCUAAUAAGCGGCGACCAGACAAGUUUCUUCUGUCUCUGUACCUCUGAUUUUAUUGGAGAAAUCUGUCAGACAGCAGUUGCACAACCGAAUCCAUGUAUAUCUGACCCGUGUGUGAACACGGGCACCUGUUUCUCUUCUAUUGAUGGCAUGACUUACAGAUGUUUCUGCACCAUCGACUUUACUGGAUCCCAUUGUGAAAUCAGUGUCAUUGCUGCUCAUUGUAUUCCUAACGUAUGUCGUAAUGGUGCACCCUGCAUGUCUUGGCCUGUUAGCUUCACAUGCACCUGCCCAUUUGGUUUUGGAGGCAUCACAUGUGAAAGUUUCGUUUCGCCGGCAACUCCGUGCGACUCGAACCCAUGCGUGAAUGGUGCCACGUGCUUCCUGACUCCGGAUCAGACUAGCUUCCAGUGCAUGUGUCUCGCUGGUUUUAGUGGAAUCACCUGCCAGGAUAUCACAGACGAACAAUGUACACCUUCAACAUGUCAGAAUGGAGGGACGUGUUUCCAGUCAGGGGAUGUUAAUGGCAUCAUUUGUGUGUGUCCUCCUGGUCUUGAAGGGUCCAUCUGUGAAAUAACUUUACCUGGUAACAAACACUUUUCAUCUUCCUUCUAA